AUGGAUUGGACGCAUGUCUACAUUAUCGGGGCCGCCAUUCUGGUGUUGGCCCUAGUCAGCCUGGUUCUUCUCAUUUCCUCUCAACAGAUCAAGGUCACCAACACUAGAGCUGGUCCUUACUUGAAGUUCAUCUGGGCGAACUUCAUCAAACCGCACGACAAGAAGGCCGGGGGUCAGCAGGAUGCGUUGGAGAGCUUCUACAAGACACAGGCCGCAAUUUACGAUGCCACUCGUCGUCGCCUGCUCUAUGGUCGCGAGGACAUGCUUGGGCUUGUGGCGGCACAGCUGAAGUACAAAAUUAACAACAAAGAAGUCAAGGCGGGAAAAGUUGUCUGGGUGGACGUCGGUGGUGGUACUGGAUACAACAUCGAAGCCAUGGCCACCUUCCUUCCAGUGGAUAAAUUCUUCAAACACGUCUACUUAGUCGAUCUCUCCCCGUCACUCUGCGAAGUUGCUCGGAAGCGCUUCGAGCGUCUUGGGUGGAAGAAUGUCACCGUUCUCUGCCAGGAUGCACGGUCUUUCCAUCUGCCUGAAAGGGACAUUGACCCCCGUUCUACAAAUGCUACAAAGGAUGAUGUGGACUUGAUAACUAUGAGCUACAGUUUAUCAAUGAUCCCGGACUACUACAGCGUCGUGGACUCAUUGACCUCCCGCUUGAAGCCAACUGGAAUGCUGGGUGUGUGCGAUUUUUACGUCCAAAGCAUUGUGGACGUGUCUUGUCGCAACUAUACUGGUGGCGCCUUCAACCGUCAUGUCAACUGGCUCGGACGUGUAUUCUGGAGAGCCUGGUUUGAUUUUGACCGCGUCAGCCUUGAAGCUGCCCGUCGAGACUAUCUGGAAUACAAGUUUGGUACUAUCAUCUCCGCCAGUGAGAGAAAUUAUCUCCUUGGUGGUAUUCCCUACUACAUAUUUGUUGGUUGCCCAAAGGAAAUGGCAUCUACUCCAUCAAGUCAAUCCAUUGAAAAGCUGGAUGCGUCUUUUACUGAGUCUCCUUACCUGCUUCCUGUCAAUCACAUGCAGGAGAUGGAAAAUGCAGUGAUGAGAAGCACGCAAGAGAUUCGUUCCAAGGCAUACGAGUCUGCAGUGAUUAAUCUGAGUGCAAACCUGCCGCUUCCAUCAUCCUUUUACCAGAACCACCACUAUCGUAUCCAUUACAACGAUAUGCUACCCAAACACACUCAAUUUCAGAACGAGUAUAUCUAUGCGUUCACAUGGGAAGACCCGCGGGUGGACCACCGACUCCUUAACAUCGGGAAAGACGACGUCAUUCUGGCCAUCACCAGCGCCGGCGACAACAUUCUUGACUAUCUACAAAAGAGCCCCCGCCGGGUGCACGCAGUGGACUUGAACCCUAAUCAGAACCAUCUUCUCGAGCUGAAGGUUGCCUGUUACUCAGCGUUGGGUCACCGGGAUAUGUGGAAAAUCUUCGGUGAUGGCAAGCAUUCACAAUUCCGUGAGCUGCUGAUCUCUAAACUCAGCCCCCACUUAUCCAGCCAGGCUUUCCAGUACUGGCUCGAGCACACACAUAUCUUCACCUCCACCUCUGGGCAUGGUCUGUAUGAGACCGGUGGAUCUCGCCACGCCAUUCGUAUGGUGCGAUGGCUCUUUAAUUUCUUCGGACUCCAGGGCGAAGUUCGCAAGUUGUGUGAAGCACAGAGCAUUGCAGAGCAGCGUGAAAUUUGGCCUCGCAUUCGGCGUGUGCUAAUGAGCCGACCACUCCACUGGGCUAUUGUGAGCACCGAGUGGUUCGCUUGGAAGGCCGCCGGAGUACCACGCAACCAGCGAAAUAUGAUUGUCGAUGACUUCUUCCGCCGUAACGGCUUGACUGAAGAUAUGAAAAAGGGCAAGGACGUCAGCGGCCAAUCGAUUUGGGAAUAUGUUGUCAAUACGCUUGACCCUGUGGUCAACGAAACUCUGAUCAGCAACGACAAUUAUUUCUACUUCCUUUGCAUUCAGGGCAAAUUCUCACGGAGAUGCCACCCCACCUAUCUUUCUCCCCAGGCACAUGUCAGGCUUUCUACGCCUGGUGCGUUUGAUGGUCUUCGUAUCCACACUGAUGAGAUCAACGAAGUCAUCAAUCGUAUUACUCCAGGAACUCUGACUAUCGCCGUCGUCAUGGACUCGAUGGACUGGUUUGAUCCCGCAGAGGAUUCAGCCCCUGCCCAAGCCCGCACUUUCAACAAAGCCUUGAAGAUGGGUGGUCGCAUUCUCCUCCGUUCCGCUAGUAUCGAUCCUUGGUACAUCAAGCACUUUGAAGAGAACGGCUUCUCUGCUCGUCGCGUCGGAGCUCGUUUCCCAGGUACAUGUAUUGACCGGGUGAAUAUGUACGCAUCGACCUGGAUCUGUACUAAAUCAGAGGAACUAUCCCGCCCCAGUCCAGACCGCAAAAUGUCGACCCUCUCAUUGGGGGACAGCGCUAUAAUGAAAGGCAAGAUGCCGAGCAGCGUGGAGAAUCUUUUGAUUUGA